UCAAAUUCAUAGGCUUUACUCAUUGAUAUACUGACAAUAAUAUUGCAUUAGUGUUGGGUACAGUUGAAUUGAUAUGAAAACACUGUAUGAGUGGAUAGUGAAUCACUGUAACUGAAAUUUAUUCUACGAUUCACAGGUAUAUAAACUCCCGGUGCUCUGAUAGUUGACAUCAAAAUAUUGUGAAUUGAGUUUUUUUUACUUAUAAUAAUAACAUCCAGUUAUAUAAUAAAAACUUUAAACUUUACAAACUUUUUCUUGACUUGUUUUUUAUUAAAGAAUAAUUUGUUUUAUAUGUGGAUUAAAGCAAUGGGCAAAAGACACGGCGAUCACCACCAAAAACAUGGACAUCACGGACACCACAGAUUUCCUGAACAUGGGUUUGGUGGACAUGGAUUUACUCGACAUGGGUUUCCUGGACAUGGAUUCCCGGGACACGGAUUUAUGGGUCCUAUGCCAUCAGCCGAUGAACAGGCGGCCGCCGCCGCCGCCCCCGGCUUUGUCGAUCCUCGAUUGGGCAGUGUUGGACCAUUUGGACCGCACAGAGGCGGUCACGUAAGUCGUGGCCAUCAUGGAGGACAUCAUCGGAUGCACGGCGGGCACUGGGGCUAUGGAUUUGCCGCCGAUCCGCGUCAGAUGUGGGCCGCGAGCUCAUCCAGUUCUUCAGGCACUUCAUCGUCAACCAGUUCGUCGUCCAGCGAUAGUGACAGCGAAGACAAGAAAUGCAAAAAGAAUAAGAAGUGCAAAAAGUUGGCAAAGAAACAGAAAAAGAUGGCCAAAAAGUUUAUGAAAAAGUGGCGCAAAUGUUAUUUUAAGAGAGGAUGGAUGUCCUCAUCAAUGAUGUUCACUAACAUAUCUCAGUGCACACUAUGUUGGCAUCCAAUUAGACCGUUGGUCGACACAGAAGUACUGGAAUGCGGACAUCUAUACCAUCGUAAGUGUCUGAAAGAGUUGUUUGGUUUGUCGGCUCGCGAUACGACCAGCACUGCCGCCACCGCCGCCGUCGGCAAUGAGAAGAAUGGCAUUUAUUGUGUGCAAUGCAAACAACCGAUUGACGAUAACCUGCAAAAUGAAUUACGCAAAAGAUUCAGUCAAAUUGUGACCAACAAUGCCGACAACAACAGUAUGUCCACCGGUGAUGACAUGCAAUUGAACGCCGAAAAGUUUGCCGAAGACUUCGAGAGUCUUAAAGUGUGAAAAAUCAGAAAAAAUCAAUUGAUUUAAUUAUUAUUAUAAAAUCUCUAUUUUAAUCCUCUUUUUAUAAUUAGAUAUAAUUAUUCUUAUUUAUAAUAAUUAUUAUAAUAAUU